UCUUUUUUUCUGGUUAAAAUGAAUUCUUACUUCUGGUAAUUAAAUUUCAAUUUCUAACUAAAUCUUUAAUUCCAUAUAAUUGUGACCUUUUAAAUUGAUGUAAUUUAUUUGUUACUCCAUGUAGAUAAUUAUUGUUCACCAUGCCAGGUUAUCUAAAAUUUAUUGAGCUUGAAAAUUUCAAGUCUUAUAAGGGACAACAAAAGGUUGGCCCAUUGAAACCUUUUACCGCGGUUAUUGGACCCAAUGGAAGUGGUAAAAGUAAUUUUAUGGAUGCAAUUAGUUUUGUUCUUGGUGAGAAAGCAUCUAAUCUGAGAGUGAAAAAAUUAUCCGAACUUAUUCAUGGUGCUUCAAUUGGUCGGCCAGUAUCAAAUUCAGCCUCGGUUACCCUGGUUUAUGAAGACUCCGAGAGUGGACGACAGACAAGGUUUUGUAGGUAUGUCCAAGGAGCCAGCUCAGAUUAUAAGAUUGACAAUAAUCCAGUGUCAAAGCAAGAUUAUGCCAAAAGAUUGGAGACCCUUGGUAUCAAUGUGAAGGCGAGAAAUUUUCUCGUCUAUCAAGGUGCAGUUGAAUCAAUUGCUAUGAAAAAUCCAAGGGAAAUAACUGCUCUGUUUGAGGAGAUUUCUCAUUCUAAUGAAUAUAAGGAGUCUUAUAUCAAUGAGAAGACUACAAUGGAUCGUAGUGAAGAGGAAUUACAUCAUAUGUAUGUAAAGAAGAAGGGUAUUGCUGCUGAAAAGAAGGAAGCUCAAGGCGAGAUUAAUGAAGCCAAAAGAUAUCAAACAUUGAAGGAGGAAUUACACAUUUUAUUAGUGAACCAGCAACUUUUCAAAUUGUAUCAUAUUCAAAAAGACAUUGAUGUUCUACAAGCUGAUCUGAAAAAGAAAAGAGAUGAUUUAGAUGUACAGGUCAGGAAGAAGGAAAAAGUAGAGGAAGAGAUUAAGGGUAAAAGACAAAAUCUCAACAAAAUAACUAAAACUUUGGCCAAUAUUGACAAACAAAUUCGUGAUGUUGAGUUAAAUUUGAACAAGAAACGACCAGCUUACAUCAAAGCAAAAGAAAAUGCCUCACAUAUUGAGAAGAAACUUCAAACAGCUAAGAAAUCAUUAGCUGCCGCCAAAAAAGCUGAUGAAAAUCAUCAAGAGGCAAUAAUGGAAUUGACCAAAGAAUUGGAAAAAGUGAAUGAACGAAUCGCUGAAUUUGAAAAGGAGAUGAAAGCCGAAGAUGAUGGUAAAAGUCGAGAAAUUGUUCUUGAAGAAUCUCAAAGACAUGAAUACAACCGAUUAAAAGAAGAAGCCACCCGAUUAUCAUCCAAGUAUCUUAAUGAUCUGGAUUCUUUAGAACGAAAUCAGAAAGCAGAUUCUGACAAAUAUGAGCAGGAACAGAGAGAUCAACAACAGAUCCAAUCGAGAAUCCGAGUUUUACAGAAUGAGCUUGAAGAGAAUAUGAAAAGAAUUGAUAAACUCAAGGAUAAUAUCUCCAUUAGUGAACAAAGUCUCAUCGAAUUGAGAAAAAAGGAGCAAGAAAACGACGAGAUUGUCCGAUUUGCCAAGGAAAGAGUUACUACUAUCAACAGAAAAUUAGAACAAAUUAACGGCGAGCUGGGAGAUGCCAAAGUGGAUCGACAUGAAGAUGAAAGAAGAAGGAAAAAAGCUGAAGUUGUUGAUCAUCUUAAGAAACUUUAUCCUGGUGUUUAUGAUCGUAUGUUAAAUCUGUGUAAACCAAUUCACAAGCGUUAUAAUAUGGCCAUUACUCGAGUCAUGGGUAAACAUAUGGAAGCGAUUGUUAUCGAUAAGGAAGAAACUGCUCGUCGAUGUAUUCAAUAUCUUAAAGAUCAAAUGAUGGAACCUGAAACAUUCUUACCAUUGGAUUAUAUUGCUGCUAAGCCACUUAAAGAGCGUCUUAGAAACAUUCAAAGUCCAAAAGGUGUACGACUUAUUUAUGAUGUACUCAAAUAUGAUCCACCACAGAUUGACAGAGCCGUUCUUUUUGCAACCAACAAUGCAUUAGUGUGUGAGACACCCGAAGACGCUGCUCAGGUAGCCUUUGAUCUUGGUGAUGGUCGUCGUUAUGAUGCUGUCGCUUUAGAUGGUACCUUUUAUCAAAAAUGUGGUUUCAUUUCUGGUGGUUCAGCUGAAUUGGAAAGACGAGCUCGUCGAUGGGACGAGAAAGAGGUUCACAAGCUUAAAUAUGAGAAAGAAAAGCUUGCAGAAGAGCUGAAGGAGCAAUUAAAGAAAACACGUAAAGAAAGUGAUCUUAUGGUGAUUCAAAGUCAAAUUAAAGGAUUGGAGACACGUUUACGUUAUUGUAAGAUCGAUAUGACAACAGCUGAAAAGCGAAACGAUGAGAUUAAAAAAGAGAUCAGUGAAAAUGAAAAGAAAUUACAAAGAGAAAAUCCUGAAAUGAUUGAGCUUAAAGAAUCUAUGGCCUCCCGUGAGGUUGAAAUAAACGAAAUCAGGACAGCCAUGAAUUCUGUGGAAGAUGAAAUAUUUGAGGCUUUUUGUAAAGAACUUGGAGUGGCCAAUAUUCGUCAAUAUGAAGAAAGACAAACCCAAGAAAGCCAAGAAUUUGCAAAUCGUAAACUGCAAUUGGAUAAUGAAAAGAAUGCAAUUCUUAGCAGGUUAUCCUACGAGAAGAGUAAAGAUACUUAUGACAACGUUAAACGUUGGGAGAAAGCUCUUCAAAUGGAGGAAAAAAAUCUUGAAGAUGCUCGAGCAACCGAGAAGCGAGAAAUGAAAGCCAUCGAAGAGGAAAUGGAUCGAGUGGAAGAAUUAAAAACGGAAAAAAUCCAAAAGAAAACCGAAUGUGACAAAGUGGAAGAUACAAUAUCAGAGGAUAAACGUGCUUUAGCCAGUGUUCAAAAAGAGAUCAGUACAAUUCAAAAAUCACUUAUGGCUCUUGAAUGUCGAUUAGAAUCAAAAAAAGCUGAUCGUCACGCAGUCUUAACAACCUGUAAACUCGAGUGUAUAGACUUACCUUUGGUUAGCGGUUCUUUAGGUGCAAUAACCUCUAAAGAUCGUAAUGGUAGUCAAAGUACUGCCAAUGGAACAGCCAAUGGAACCGCAGGUGAUGAUGAUGAUUUCGACGAUGAAGGAGCUCCAUCUACUCAACGAUCAUAUGAUCACGACUCAACAAUUAUUCCAGAUUACUCAACAUUAAAAAACAGUCUCAAACAUAUUGAUGAGCCUGAGCAAAUCAAGAAGAAAGAAGCUGAUAUGUUAACAGAAAUAAACCAUAAAAAGGAAACUUUGAGAAAAAUUCAAGCACCGAACAUGAGAGCGAUCGAUAAGCUUGAUGAUGUGAGAGAGCGAUUACGUGAAACGGACAGCGAACUGAACAGUCUGAGAGAAGGUUCUAAAAGAGCCAAACAAAAUUUCGAAAGUGUUAAAAGACAACGUUUAAAUACCUUUAAUACUUGUUUCGAGGCUGUUGCAGCUCGAGUUGAUAGUAUUUAUAAAUCAUUAACCUCCAACCAAAGUGCCCAAGCUUUUCUUGUUCCCGAAAAUCCGGAAGAACCUUAUCUGGAAGGUAUUAAUUAUAAUUGUGUCGCUCCUGGUAAAAGAUUUCAACCGAUGAGUAACCUUAGUGGUGGUGAAAAAACUGUCGCCGCUCUUGCCCUUUUAUUUGCUAUUCAUUCCCAUAAACCAGCACCAUUUUUUGUUCUCGAUGAGAUCGACGCUGCCCUUGACAAUACGAACAUUGGAAAGGUUGCUCGAUUUAUUCGUGAAAAAACAGAAUCAGAUACUCAAUGUAUCGUCAUCUCACUUAAAGAGGAGUUUUAUGGUCACGCUGAUGCCGUUGUUGGUGUUACAACUGAUCCCGGUGACUGUACCAUUAGUCACAUUUUCCUCGCAGAUUUAAGCCUGUAUCAGGAAUAAUCUUUAAAAUCAAAUACUUUAAUCUGAAUCAGAAAAGAAAAUUAACUAAUCAAUGACGAUCUUCAAUUCUUCCAUUAUCAUUUUUAAUAUCAAUUUUAUCACCUAAUCAUACACACAAACCACAACAUCAUCAACAUCUUAUAAUCAUAUUUACAUCAUCACAUUUUCAUUACAUUAUCAAAAAUUAACUCUGUUUUUUUCUUCUCAUUUUUUUCUUCCUCAAGUCAUCAUCAAUCAAUCACUAUCAUAUAUAAUUGUAAUCAUAACCAAUCAAUAAUUAUUGUAUUAUUAUUAAUUAAUUAUGAUAAGAUAAACAAGUUAAACAAAAACCGAAUCUUCAAAAGGCUUAAAACAAGAGCAAAAGCAGCAAAACAAUAAUCGAAGGAGCAAAAACAAAAGUUGACAUCCACUAACAAACCGACUUAAUAAAUAAAACAAAAACCCAAAUCAAA